ACUCAAUUUCUUUUUCUUGUUCAAUUGGGUGGAAUGACUAUUCCUUGUUCAAUAUGUAAAAGUAGGGCAAAAUAAAGAAGGGUAUUUCAAAGUCUAGAAGAUAAGAAUAAGACAUCAUUGAUAGGUACCUUAAGACUCUAAGGGAGGAUUAGGAUUGAUCUAUGCUGUCUGUAAGUGGAUGGCUUAAUAUUCUCAAUAAAUGCAGUUAGGAUUAGUCUACAUUGUAAGUGUUGCUCAAGGGAAGACGCUCUAUACUGAAGUGUUGCUCAAGGAAAGAUGGUGCUGUUGGAGCUGUGGUGUCAAUGCUGCACAGGUGGCAGCAAAUGGAAAGAAGGCUGCACAGGUGGCAGCAAAUGGAAAGAAAGCUGCACAAGUGGCAGCAAAAUGAAAAGAAGGGAGAGCUGCACCAAAGCACGGUAGCAGCAAAGUGCAGCAACCUAUACUGCAAAAUGUUGAUGAAAUGUUGGUGAAAUGAGGCUGAAAUGUAAUGCAAAUGAAAGCAAAUGGAAGGCUGCAAAGUAGCAGCAAGAACAGCCACAUGGAGCCACACAAAUGGAAGCAAGACUUUUAAUGUAAUCUUGCAUUAAAUGUUUUGUAGAUUU